UUCGAAGAUCUCGUCCCCGCCCUGCGCGCGUCCUCGCUCGCCGUCCUCGAGCGCGCCGGUUUCGCGCGCUCGACGCCGGUCCAGGCCGCCACCGUCCCGCUGCUCUGCUCGCACAAGGACGUCUCCGUCGAGGCGUGCACGGGGUCGGGGAAGACGCUGGCGUUCGUGCUGCCGAUGAUUGAGAUUCUGGCGCGAGCGAAGCGCGAGCUGAAGCGAUACCAGGUCGGGGCGGUGAUCGUGAGCCCGACGCGAGAGCUGGCAAAGCAAAUUCACGAAGUCGCGGCGCCGUUCGUGCGGACGCUGGGGAAAGAACGGAGCGAGACGAAUGAGGGUGAAGGAGAUUUAGCGAUGUUGCUCGUGGGAGGAACGGAUGUGGCGAAGGAUGUGGCGACGUUCGCGGCGACGUCGCCGCUGGUGCUCAUCGCGACGCCGGGGCGCUUGUGGGACGUGAUGCAGCGAAGCAAAGAGCUGGACGGGAAGAAGUGUGAAUUGCUCAUAUUGGACGAAGCCGAUCGAUUGCUCGGGAUGGGAUUCAUGGCGACUUUGAAUAAUAUUAUAUCGCGACUACCCAAGCAGCGAAGGACUGGGUUGUUCAGUGCGACACAGACGGAAGAGGUGGCGGAACUCGCGAGAGCGGGCUUGCGGAACCCGGUGCGAGUGACGGUGCGAGACGCGUUGAACUCGGCUGCAAAGGCGGCGGGUGAGAAGGCUGGGAAGCUUCCGACGCAGCUGCAGCUGCUUUAUCGUAUAUGUUCCGUAGAUUCCAAGCUGUGGCAUUUCGUGAACUUCAUCAAGGAGCAUCGCGAGUGUAAAGUCAUCGUCUACUUUUUGACAUGCGCGUGCGUGGACUUUUACGAAUCGGCGCUCAAAGAACUUUUGCCAGAGUCCACCGCCAUCGCGCUGCACGGAAAAAUGAAACAAAGCGCCCGGGAAAGCGCUUUGGGUAAAUUCACCGAACAAAAGUCGGGUAUUCUGAUGUGUACUGACAUCGCGGCUCGCGGUUUAGACAUUCCAGGCGUCGAUUGGAUUGUGCAAUUUGAUCCACCGCAAGACCCGGCGGCGUUUGUGCAUCGUGUCGGAAGAACUGCGCGCAUGGGUCGAGAUGGAAGUGCAUUAGUGUUUUUAUCGCCGAAUUCGGAGGCCAGCUAUGUGGACUUUUUGCGAAUUCGCGGUGUAGAGAUCAAGCCGGCUCCGGGAACGCGCGAAGGUGCGGCGCACGUGCAUGCGGUGUUGCGAAAAGCGAGCGAAAAAAAACGGGAAAUUAUGGAGAAGGGCGUGCGAGCGUACGUCUCAUUCAUUCGCGGGUACAAGGAGCAUCACUGUCGAUUCAUUUUCCGAUUUAAAGAGCUCGAAUACGGCGCGCUCGCCAUGUCCAUGGGUCUGCUUCGUCUUCCGAAGAUGAAGGAAAUUCGCAAGGCACCGAAAAAGUUUAUGGAAUGCUUCGUCGAAUCAUCCGUCCACGCCGAUUCGGUGGCUUUCGAGGACAAGGCUCGCGAAAAGCAACGUCAAAGAACCCUCAAGGAGCAAGAAGAAGCGGCCGAGGCGCAGCGUUUAUUGGAUGCGGAUAAACCCAAACCUAAGAAGGAAAAGGUCAAGGAGGAAAAGCGCCAGACAGCCUUCAAACGUCGCAAGGAAGAGUCCAGAGCCGACAUCGAAGAGAUGGAGGACGAUUACCGCGCCCUCAAAAAGUUGAAAAAGGGCAAGAUGACGGAGGAAGAGUUCGAUCUCGAGAUCGGUUUUGACGAAGUC